UAUUAAGUCUGGUAGUUUGGCAGCAGUAUAGACCUGCCAUUGGUGGGAAACUUGCCUAGCAACCCCAAUCGCAGUACUACUGGGCGGGUCAUAGCUUGGUUCAACGGGGUUGUGGUGCUGUUGUAGUGGCAGACGUACGGUACCUAGUUGUAAAGAAUUAGGGUCAGCAGUUUUAAUACUUUUGCAUAUUUUUUAUUAAGACCAGGAGCCGAUUUUAAUUGUAAAUCCAUUUUACGAUUUAUUAAUCUACUGCCACCGCGUUGCUUAACGUGUCCCGAGCGAUGGAGGGUUCCUCCGGAGAAGGCGACCUGUUUACAGUGAAACAUGAGCUGAAGAAUGCUAACUUGACUGGGCAUGCUGAGAAAGUAGGAAUUGAGAAUUUCGAAUUGCUCAAGGUUCUUGGUACAGGAGCGUAUGGCAAGGUGUUUCUAGUGAGAAAAAUCAGUGGCCAUGAUGUGGGGAAGCUCUACGCAAUGAAGGUGUUGAAAAAAGCGACCAUUAUCCAAAAAGCGAAGACAGCGGAGCACACGAGAACAGAACGUCAAGUGCUGGAACACAUUCGACAAUCCCCCUUCCUGGUGACGCUGCAUUACGCCUUCCAAACAGACACCAAGCUGCACCUCAUCCUGGAUUAUGUAAAUGGAGGAGAGUUGUUCACACACCUGUCCCAGAGAGAACGUUUCAGUGAGAGUGAAGUGGGAUUGUACAGUGGUGAAAUAGUACUGGCACUCGAACACCUUCAUAAGCUGGGCAUUAUAUAUCGUGAUAUCAAGCUUGAGAAUAUUCUUCUAGACUCCAGCGGUCACAUUGUGCUGACAGACUUCGGGCUCAGCAAAGAAUUCCUGGUUGAUGAGAAUGAGAGAGCUUACUCUUUCUGUGGCACAAUAGAGUACAUGGCCCCAGAGAUUGUCAGAGGAGGAGACACUGGCCAUGAUAAGGCGGUUGACUGGUGGAGUCUCGGGGUCCUCAUGUAUGAACUGCUGACCGGAGCCUCCCCUUUCACUGUUGACGGAGAGAGGAACUCACAAACUGAGAUUUCAAAGAGGAUAUUAAAAAGCGAGCCUCCAUUUUCUCCAAAAAUGGGCCCAUUAGCUAAAGAUGUGAUUCAGCGUCUCCUGAUGAAGGACCCCAAGAAGCGACUGGGCUCCGGCCCCAGUGGCUCUGAUGAAGUGAAGAACCAUCCUUUUUACCAGAAAAUUAACUGGGAUGAAUUGGCUUCCAAAAAAGUGUCCGCUCCUUUUAAGCCUGUUAUCCGAGACGAGUUGGACGUCAGUAAUUUUGCAGAAGAAUUUACAGAGAUGGACCCAACCUACUCUCCUGCAGCUUUGCCUCAGAAUUCAGACCGAAUAUUUCAGGGCUACUCGUUCGUUGCUCCUUCCAUUCUGUUCAAACGCAACGCCGUCAUGACGGACCCAUUCCAGAUGCAUUUAGGGAUGGAUCGUCCUGGAUCAACGGCUGUGGCCCGAAGUGCCAUGAUGAAGGAUUCUCCAUUUUACCUAAAUUAUGAAUUAGACUUGAAAGAGAACCCACUUGGAGAAGGGAGUUUUUCCAUAUGUAGGAAAUGCAUCCACAAGAAAACUGGCCAGGAAUUUGCAGUAAAAAUUAUCAGCAAAAGAAUGGAGUCGCAAACUCAGAAGGAAAUAGCUGCAUUGAAGCUGUGUGAAGUACACCCAAAUGUUGUGAAGCUCCAUGAAAUUUAUCAUGAUCAGUUACAUACAUUCAUGGUGCUGGAGUUGCUGAAAGGCGGAGAGCUCCUGGAACGCAUCCGUAAGAAGAAACACUUCAGUGAGACGGAGGCGAGCCGGAUCAUGCGCAAACUCGUCUCUGCAGUGAGCCACAUGCACGACGUUGGAGUGGUCCAUAGGGAUCUGAAACCAGAGAAUCUGUUGUUCACAGAUGAAAGCGACAGUUCAGAGAUAAAGAUAAUUGACUUUGGAUUUGCUCGAUUAAAACCGCCGGAUAACCAGCCAUUAAAAACCCCUUGUUUCACCUUGCACUACGCUGCUCCCGAGUUAUUCAGUCAUGACGGGUAUGAUGAAUCCUGUGACCUCUGGAGUUUGGGAGUCAUCUUGUACACAAUGUUAUCAGGACAAGUUCCCUUUCAAUGUAAGGAAAAAAUGUUGACCCACACCAGUGCAGAAGAAAUCAUGAAGAAAAUCAAGGAAGGUGAUUUCUCCUUUGAAGGAGAAGCCUGGAAAAAUGUCUCCCAACAAGCCAAGGACUUGAUACAAGAACUUCUUACAGUUGAUCCAAAUAAGAGGAUUAAAAUGUCAAGCCUGCGAUACAACGAGUGGCUGCAGGACGACAGUCAGCUCUCCUCCAAUCCACUGAUGACUCCAGGCAUCUUGGGAACUUCCGGUGCUUCUGUGCAUACCUGUGUCAAGGCCACAUUCCACGCGUUUAACAAGUGCAAGAGGGAGGGCUUCUGCCUCCAGAACGUGGACAAGGCCCCCCUAGCAAAGAGGAGGAAGAUGAAGAAGACGAGCACGAGCACGGAGACACGCAGCAGCUCCAGUGAGAGCUCGCACUCCACCUCCUCACAGACCCCUGGAAAAACCUCCCCCACCAAGAUGCUGCAGCCAGACAAUCCCCCAACCAGCAAUAACAACGCAGAGCCCAUCUUCCAGUUCUCAGAGUGAGCAAAAAACAAAAACCAGAGGAGGCCAAUUCCCAACUUUAAAGUAGCAAUAGACGGAUGGUUUGCCACACUGAUGGAUCAUUGUUAAGGGCUUAGCCUUUUGCAACUUCCGCUGCUAAACUAGGUCCGGUUUACCAUUCUCAUUUAGUAACGGUGGUCCAUAGUGGCCAUUGGAAGGAUGUCUUCGAAAACCGUUAACAAAAGGGUAACCUUGUACAUUUAACUCCCGCAGCAUUUUGACUAAGUAUUAAUAGGUAUUUACGGAUGAUGCAUUUUUACUGUUAAAAUGCAUUUUGGUCAUCAGGUCUUAGAAGCUGCAUUUGGAUGAGAUCUACUGCAAAGAUAUAUAUAUAUAUAUAUAGAUUUAUAUAUAGAUAUAGAUAGAUAGAUAGAUAUAUAUAUAUAGAGAGAGAGAUAUCUCCUCUCUCUCUCUCUCUCUCCCUUAUAUAAGAUACAUUGGGGAUAUAUAGCACCGAUAGGUGAACCUAUAAAUAAUGUAUUCACUGAAAUCUGUUUUUUAAAGCCAAAUUAUUGUGUAUUGAUUUUGGUAUUACUAUUUAUUGAAUUCUGGACAGUCAAACCUGCUAAAAAAGACCCAAGGGAAUGUCAAAGUAAUUCAGAUUUGGCUGUACUAGAUGCAGUAAGUGUAUUAUAUGUUGUGUGUUUUUGUACUAAGUAAUUCUUUCUUUACAAGCCUCCUGCAAUUUUAUCCAAAAGGAAAACCUUUUUCGGUGCGUUUAAUAGCUUCUGUUUGCAGAAGAAAAGCAUAAAUUAGUGUUAAAACACCAAAGUAGUGUGAUUUUAUUUCAACCCAAGGACCAAUACAAAGGUGUCUUCAAAAUUACAGAACAAAAAUUGCAUGAGCCAUGGAAAUCCAUUUAGCAUAAAUAAUACACAUACUGACAAUGGUUAGAUUCAGGGAAGUGUACCACAAAAACUAUUACAACAAAUUUGAUUUAACAUGAGAAACAAUUUAAGCAGAAAAUAUAUUCAAAGACUUGAAGUGGACCAAGGGCCCCACAUUCCUGACAAUGCAGGCAGUGCACCAAGGGCUACCACGUUUAAAUCACUAGACAAUAGGGUGAUCCCAGAUAUGGAAAAAUUAUAACGAUCAAGCAAAGAUAGUGAUUGAAAAAACAAAUACAAAAUUACAAAUGCAGUGUUAAUAUCAAUGCUGAAAUAUUAGGAAACUUCUGCCAAAUGCAAAGAAAAGCCAAAGCAAAACAUCAGCUGUAAACAGAAUUUUCUGUCUCGUAAAGCCAUGCUUUGGUGGGUAAUUUUAAUAUUGUUGUAUAUUAAGAAUUGUACAAUAUAACUUGCAUGAAGUAAGCCUUGUGAACGUUUAAAUUAAAUUGAACCAGUGCAUGCACAUACAGCGGAUCCUCAUAAUUGUGUAAUAAUCGCACAGUACCUGAAAGGUUAACAAAAUUGUUAAUAGCCAAAAACAAUCUGAAAAGUUUAGAAGCUAGAGUGCACAGUAAAAGUUUGGUUAGGUGCAAAAUCAAAGUAGUUUUCAUGUUCAGUCUGGUAGAAGGACAGACAAUCAUCACAGGCUAAAUCAGUCACUUGACUUUUUGUAAGCCAAUGUUAAUUUAAAACCAAGCAUGAAGGUUGCAGUGACAGAUUUACCUGAAACAAACCACUGAAUCACUGGAACACACCAAAAAGUUCCCUUUACAGUGGCGUUUGGGGAAUUAAAAAGUAAAUGUAUUCUGCAAGUAUUUUAAAUACACAACCUCUGAAUACUUCAUAUAAAACUAGAGAGUUGGAUUGGAAAAAUCUAAAGCUUCCAUUAUCCCACUUCCCCAAGCAGGCUAUGCUAAAAGCAGAAUACUAUGAUGCUGUAAUCGACAACAUGUGCCCAAGUAAACAUUGAAAAUAAUAGUAUUAAUAAUUUGAUACAAAUUAUAAUUCAUUAUAAAUUCCCCACCCCCACCCCCCCCAAGUUCAGCUUCAAGCUAAUGUUCCAAAUGACUUUCUUGUGCUAAACUUUAAAACUUAAAAAUUCAGGCACAGACUGUCCUCACUUAUUUUUUGUGUAUGUUAGAAUAUUAGUGAUGCACCAUUAAUCAAUUCAUCAUAUUCUUAAUGGCUCAGUUACCAGCUACCAUUAUGUUUCAUUAGGCUUUUGAAAGGCUGUGCCUAAACAAUACUUUGUACAAAAAUAAACUUACUAAAUUCAGUGACUAACAUUUCAACCAGAAGUCUUUCUCAAUGUAUUCAUUGAUAAUGCCUAUUCAAUUGUGACACCCCUAACAUCCUCAAAUAUAUUGUCACAAUUUGAAACAUGGUUUAUCUAGUUAACUUAAACUUGUAUACAUUGUUUAUAUAUAUAUAUUGAAUACAGAAUAGAUAGAUUCAAGCAGCACUUGACUAUGGUUAUUGAAAAAUAAUAAUGGUAUACUGUAUAUGGAUAUAAACCAUGCUGAACAAACAGGAGAACCAGAGAAGUUUAUAACUUAGUUGUGGCAAAAGUGUGAUGAAACCGGGAAGCUUGUCAUUGUGCCAGAUUGGAGAUCACUGGAUAUCAGGAAUCCUUUAGAUUUGCAUUCGUACCCUCAUCUAGUGGAAGUAUUUUAAUCAUGUCGUAAAUCUUAAAUCCCCCCCCAUAAUCUAGGCAUAUUUUCUUACACAAUUCUUAUGCAAGUUACAAUCCGAGUUUCAGGAUGAAAUACAUAUUGAGGUAUUGCAGACAACAGCUUUAUUUUAAAAUAGAAAAAGUAAAAUAUAUUGUGUAUGGUUGUAUUUCAAAUGGCGUUUAUCUUUUUUGAGAGUCCAAUAGUACUAAUGAAUACGAUUGAAACGUGAAUGUAUACUUUUACAUUUUGAAGUUUACAGUUUAGUGUGAAACAGAUGACCAUGUAGGGAAUCAAAUGAUUGUACUUGCUUGUAGCUUAUCAAUAACAAUGAUCCUUGAUCAGUCAUACGGUAUGUUCGCUGCAUUUUCUUAUCUUUUAGGUAACUAUAUAUUAGUUAUACAAAACUAUGCAAAAUUCAGCUUAGAUAUACUCAAUUUACAGCUAUACUUCCAGGUGCAGACUGAGCAUACUUUUUAAAACAAUAACCCAAUUUAGUGGAGUACGACGUAACUUUGUAUGAGCCAUUGUCAUGGCAACAGUUUGUGUCAUAAGUAACUUUUAGGAGUGAUCGAUUUCUACAAAUGCUUUUUUAAAUAUUACUUUUUCAUAAAAUCAUUAAAAUGAAAUACUAGUGUACAAAGUAAAGCCGCCUUGUUAGGUGUGAGCAUUAAUUAGAGUAGCACACAGGUGUUUUUUUUCCUUUUUCUUUUUUUAAACAGAUUUUGAGUCUGUACAAUUUGAGUGACUAUCACAUUGCAAGCCGUAGAAAACUAAACAGUUUUACUUUUUUUUUUUAAUCCAAUAUUAUGUGCAUAAUACCACUAUGAUUUUUUUUUUUCCAUUCAAGAAAUAAUAUUUAAGACACUAGAAAACUCUGAUCUCCUCAAUUGAGCUUCCUGUUUUCUGUGUAUCGGCUAUAUUCCUGUUGACAGAAAUUGAAACCGAUCUUAGUAUGGUUUUGUAUCAGUGACACCUAUUGACUAAAAUGUACUGUACAACUGUAGGACACCAGUUAAACUGAGUUAAAUGUAUAGCAUUAGAACAGCUGUUUAAUGUCCAAGACAUCUCAAGUAGUUCUUGGGAUUAAAAGACAGAAUGACCAAAAAGCAAGUACAAUACAUCACUUUUAUAACUGAAAAUACAGUCGUGGAACAAUGAACCCAGCUUUCCUGCUACAGCAGGUGAAGUCAUUACCACAAAAUCACCAUGCUUUUCAGGUGGACAUGAACAGGUGCAUACAAGUUACAAUAAAUGAACACCCUGAAAACAUGCAUUAGACUAAUCAUUUAAUAAGGUGAUCCCCCCCCCCCCCCCUUUCCAAACAAGUAACCUAAUAAUGAAUUCCUAAUGAAACUUAGAGCAAAAACAUCUACACAUUAACAGCGACCAAUGGCAACCAGUAAAGUGCUGUUCAGUAGUUCCACACAAUAUUUAGUUAUACAUGCUAUAUAACAAAAAAUUUGUAAGGGACCAUUCUCAAAGUGAGAAGGGCUAGGAAGUGAACCUAUAUAAAUGUACUGUAUGUUAUUAAAUGAUUUACAUCAUGCACUUCUGAGGUCUAGCGCAACCCCUUUCCUGUCUUUAGUGAAAACCCCACUAUAUACCUUAACUGUAAUUUAGAUUACUUACUAUAUUGUGUGUGUGUGUGUGUGUGUGUGUGUGUGUGUGUGUAGGUACAGUACUUUACAGAUGUUUAAAUGUACAGUAGUAAACAUGAACGAAUUGUUAAUAUUAAAAAAAAAAAAAAAAAAAAAAAAAAGUCUAUUGAGACCUUUUUAAGCCUGUGAAAAACAGCAUUUCAAAACAACUCUUUUCGGAUUGUUACAAUAUUUUUGUGAUUUUUAAAUGUAUUUAGGAAGUAGAACAAGUUACCCUUUGGACUGUAGCUUCCUUUGUGCCUCUAACUUUAUACAGUGUUUGAGCAACUUUUUACAGCAUUGUCUUUAUUAAAAAUAAGAACAAGCACUAUGUAUUUUUUGGUUACACUUAGAAAAAAGAUGUAAUGGAUUGCAUGCAUCUUUCCUGUUGGAAGAUGACCUAUACAAUGACCCUAAUGUCCUGUGUUUUAAUAUUUUCAAUUGUGUGGGAAAUUGUUUGUGGUUUUAUACAAUAUUACACAUUGAAAAGAGAGUUCAAGACCAUGUUCUGUACUGUAGGCUGUUCCCUACGGCCAAGCAAAAUAUUGCAUGUACUGUAUCUAAAAUCUACUUCCAGUUGGAAAACUGGAAUAUUCAAGCAUUCUAGUCUAGUUAUGUUUACCCUUUAAUGCCUGGAGGCUGAAAACUAGGCUUUAGGAGACAUAUCAAAAGUAUUUAAUUUGCAUCAUGUUCAUUAUCUUUUAUUGAAUUAACAUUUUCUGUGGUGAUGGACAUUGGACAACACUUUAUGCUCCAGUUAUUCCAUCGUGAUAGGAUAGUGCUUCAUACACUUGUCUUUGGUCCAUGAAUGUUGUAGAGUGUUGUGUUUUUUUUUUUUUUGGUAGUUCUUCAGUAGUAUUGUACAGUAAAUGUAGGUUUAAAAUAAUUUUUCUUGGGUCGUAUUAGCACUAGCAAUAUCAUCAUUGGUCCCCCUUUCCUGCUGUUGAAUAUUUUUAUUUAUUUAUUUAUUUUUUAUUAUUUCAUACUUCAAGGUGGAAUAUGCAGCUGUAGAUGAAGUUGCUGCUCCCUGUUACUGGUGUUGUAGCUCAGUGUAGUGUAGCUACAGUCAGACUUACAGCAGGAGCACCACAAUGCAGCAAGUCUUAUUGCGUUGUAGUUGAAAGAUUUGCAUAUUCUGAAUUGAUGUAAAAAAAAAAGUGAAAAUCCAAAAGAUUCUCAGCACUUUAAAAGUAAUAAGAGGUCAGAAAAUUGAUUUUAAAACCUUGAGUUAGCACCCCUUUGACUGGCCAUUUGAAUCGAUUAAGGCAGCACCAAGGUUUUAAAGAAUUAUAAACCACUGUUAUCUAACAUAAACUAGCUAGCUAACGUCUGAUUGAAUCCAAUUAUUUUUAUUAUAACCUAGGUGUCGUGUAGCAUUGUUAUAAAAAUCUGCUUUGUAAAGCUGCAGUUUUCCAAGCAGCUUGAGCAUAACUAUAUUUAAGUCGAUUUUUACCUUCAUAUAAAAUGUAUUUAUUAUUAUACCAAAAGUUUCCAGUCAAACUGCAAACCAACAUUUUUUCUUCAAAAUUGCUUUGUAUAGGGAGCUCUCCGAAUGGCGCAUCCAGUAAAAUGCACUCCGUGUGGAGUGCAGGAUGCACCCUAUAGCCUGGAGAUCGUCGGUUCGGGUCCAGGCUCUUCCACUACCGGCCGUGCACGGGAGCUCCCAGGGGGCGGCGCACAAUUGGCCGAGUGCCGCCCGGGCUUGGGAGGGCUUAGGUAGGUCAGGGUGUCCUCGGCUCACCGUGAACCAGAGAAAAAAAAAAAUCUAUUAAAAUUAUACAUAGCUUUGUGAUUUUCUUGUUGAUUUCAAUUUAUGUAUGUUUCGCCUACCAAAAGUCAUCAGCACAAUGUUUUUGUGUUUUAACCAAAAUGACAAAAAGCAGAAUUAUAGACGAAUCAACUGCUUUUAAAAUACGAUACACUCAACAAAGUCUUCUCAAACACAACCCUUUACAAUAAGAAAAUGUACAAAAUGUAAACUAUGUAUCAGUAUUUGCAGACCAAAAAAAAACAUUUUUAUUUCAUAUUUACCUCUUUUCAACCCUUGCUUUUGUUAGUUUUCAGCUUGAAAGGAGCUACUUUAAGUCCUUUGGUAUAACCCAUUAACUUGGGUUUGUAUAGGCACUCCAGUGACAGUUUAAGGCAAUGUGUUUGAGGUUUCUCUUUUAUAUAAAGAAAAAAAGGGAAUGCGGUGGCAACUUCAUGCCUCACUUCAUUCAGCAACAAUACAGUUGAAUUAGUGUGUACAUCAACAUAUCUUGGUUAUUGCAUUGAUAGUUUACAAUACUAGUCUAUUUUGGCAAUUGUAGUUUACUUGACUGUUUUUUAAACUGAACUCUUGAAUGUGACUAUACAUUUUAGGAUGGGUCGAGGCUUUAAUAAAACAGUUAUGCUUGAACACGAUCUUAGGUCUAGGCUACUCAUAAACAGAAAUGCUACCAAUAAGGCCCAAUAGACUUUGUAUGGGUUAGGUUAGUAAGAUAUGUUACAACAUUUUCAAUUAUAUUAAAAGUGCAAAGGCAGAUUAUUUGAAAGUAACAAAAGCAUGUUAAAACUGUAUAGAACUAGCAAGAACAACAAUUGAACUGCUCCUUCUGUACUAGCUUCAAAACAGGACCUUUUUGAGUGGUCACAUUUUACGAUCUGAACAAUGACAUAUCUAAUUAAAGACACCCUAAAAUGCAUUAAAUGGCUCAGUCGCGGACCUCUGGGGCGGUCAGUGAUUCACCUUUGGGGGGAAAUAUGCAGGAUACAUUUGAAGUUAAAAAGGGGGUGGAAUAUAGAUCUGCAGCUGUUUAGCGCAUUAAAAAGAUCCCAUACUGAAACCCUUUAAGAAUCUGUGAUUUAAUAAACUAAUUGUAACAGCAGAGGAAAUUGUAUGAUUACGGCAGUGUUGCCCAGCACUAACCAAGGAUAAACACUUUUUCUGUAUAUCCUUUUGGUCUAACAUAGAGACCAAUAAUUGAAUUUGUAGAGACUGCUGGAGACAGCUUGUGCAUUUUGAUAGUUGUCCACUGCUUCCAUUUAAAGUAUAGGAAUACUGAGGGUGCGCAGAUACUCCUUCUCAGAGUAAUUCCCUUUUUAAGCAGUUUUUUUGUCGGCUGGUAUUGAAAGAAACCCACAACAAAGCUGCCUUUCCCUCAGUUCUGUACCAAUCAAUAGCAAAUACCUUCUGCAUUGAGUGAUUUAAGAGUGCACACUGGGAUAUGUAUGUCUGUAGUCGAGUUUAAUCAGAGGUUACAUCUUGCCCAGGACUGCAAUCCUACAGUUCACUGCAGAUAUAAUACAAGUGGUUUUAGUUAGUUUGUUCACAACAGGUAUAAAAAUCACUGUCAGAUUGUUGUUGAUUGGUACUCCAUAAUUGUGUAGAAGGGAACGCUUUGUUUUGGGUUGAGUAAUUAACAUAUUUAAUUAAUAUAUGCCAUUUUAAUGAAUACCUAAAAACUUUAAACUUCUUAAAGGGCACUACUGCACAUCCCUAAGGAAUAUAUUUUAUAAUUGCAUCUAUAAGUGAUACUGAAAUACCAGUUAACUUGGAUAUCAGAAAAGCAUUUCUUUGGUAUUUUAUUUCAAGAGACCUGACUUGUAUAAGGUUACAGCCACUGUCAAAAGUUGCAGUUGAAAGUAGUAGAGACAAAUAUUCUGUAUACACAGUGUAACUUUUAAAUUGCUUAUUUGUAGAUAGCACAUGCAUACAUUAGGUAUACAUCCAUUCCCUCAGUUAUUCUUUUUUUUUUCUAGCUGGGCUAGAACAUUACUAGUGUUAACUUAUUAAAUAAACUUUGGCGAUUUAGGAGGGGUGGGGUGAAUUAUACAGUUACAGUAUAAAAAACCAAAGCCAGAGUGUUCUGUUUGUUGCUGUAAAUAAAUGCUAAGCCAUACGGAAAUUGCUCUCUAGUGGUGAUGGUUAGUAAAGAAAUGUAUAAGGAUUUAUAUGGUUAAGAAUUUUAUAUUACAAAUUAUUUAUUUAAUGUAAUGAGGAAUCUGUGGAUAUUUUUCAAGAGUGUAAUUUUGUGAAAACAGCAGUCCAGUCUAUGUAUUUGUUUGUUUGAUUUUUUUUUUUUUUUCCUUUCCCCUACAACAUUGAAAGAACAUCUCCCUUUUGUUUAGGAGGUUAUUGAUUUGAGUUGUAUCAACUUGACACGAUUUGUGGGGAUAACAAGAAAUAUGCAUUUUGUCAACAAAAUAUGUUUAAAAAAAAAAGUUUGUGUUCGCACAUUGCUUGCUUUUUUGGUUCAAUAUGAACGUUAUGUGUGGGUUUCAUAAUAAUAAAAAAGGAUGGCUUUAAUGGCUUUAAAGUUUUGAAACAUCUGUGUUUAUAAAAAUGUUUUACUGUUCCUCGUCUGAAGUUAAAUAAAACUGUUGAAGUA